AUGGACGAGAUUACACUUGAUCUUCGGCCUGAGGGGGGUGAAAACGCUUUCCACUUACCAAAUCUACCAGGGGAAGAAUUUCGCCAGGUAUUCGUGGAAACACCAAAUGAGGCCUCCCCCUUGAGCAUGAAAAUCAAGCUCACCGAGGUGCACCAUGGCACCAUGCAUGUGCCAUGCGACCCAGAGGAUGAACUAUACCAGGCCACGCUCUUGGUAUUCGAAUUUCGUUUCGAGAGCCGCCUACAAAAACGCCGGUACCAGUCUGCGAUGGUGACGCUGGAAUUCUUCGACAAAGGGAGAAUGGCUCAACAAGAUCCUGUGGUCUCAAUGGUGGCGCCGAACGGUAUGCACUGGUUGAAUAAGACGGAGUACAACAAGGCCACCAAGUAUGGCUCAGCAGCUGGACUCAAGGCCGGAAACGACAUUGCUGGUAUCAGCGCGGAUACCCACUGGGAGGUCGAGUACACUAAGCCACACAAGUUCAAAGCAACGCUCUCAGGGAAGCCGACCCUCAGUGAACACAAAUACGGAGAAGAGAAUGCUGCGAGGUGGAGCAUGGAAGAGAACAAGGGCGAGAAAGAUGGUAUUCCAUCAUUUCUACAAGCCGCUGUUCUGCUCAAACGAAAGCAAAAUAGGCCGUUCAUCGCUAAAGUCCGAGUCCGAAGCGAAGUUGACAUCGCUUCAGCUGGGCGCCGCUCCCUGCCAGUCACUACCGAUAAGGACAAGAUCAUCGACGAUGUUACGUUCAAUCCAGGUAAAGUGCAACUGUCAAACAACAGCGCCACAGGAUUGCAGAAGAACCAGCUUAGCGAGAUGGAGAAGCUUCCAAUCAAGACCUACUUCCGGUUGAGCCUUUCCGAGCAAGACAUACUCACGCCUGCUCUGUCUGCGGACACACCGGCAACCGACAUGACCGAGAAAUCCAAUUUGAUGGCCUCGAAAUCGCCUGAUUCGCUGGAAAUGCCGCCGCUUCCUGCCCUUGAAGCACUCAAGAACCCUCAAGCCAAUGCCACGAAAGCGGUAUUAACCUCGAGCUCCACAAGCCCAACGACUGCCCAGCCUCCGCAUCCUUCAGCGACCGCUUCGACUUCUCCACUACUACAGAGUCACAUACCAGAAUUCAAUGUCAAGUCGGUCAUUGGUGGAACGACAGGCCUUGACGCAGAAACCUUGGUAACCGCAAUGGGGGCGGCACGAGCGGCGAAGGAGGCAGCAGAGGCAGCAGGGGAGGCAGCGGCACGAGCGGCAGACGCAGCAACAAAGGCAGCUGAAGCAGUAGUGAAAGCUACAGAGGCAGUCAAGGCUGCAGUGGCUACUGUAGUGGCAUUGCUUGUGCUUGUCAACGGGAUCGAUGAUUGGCAUGGGAAUGAGCAUUUGCAGAAAACAGAGCAGGUCCUUGCCAGUCGGUUCCGCCAGGUCGUUGAGAAGGACAACAUAAAGGUCAUCGACUCAAUUGACCGGGAUGGCUUCAUCGAUGAGGGCUCCAUGCGAGAGAAGGCUAUGGCUAUCCUUGAGCACUUGGAGUUAUCUGCCAGGUUUUCCAACCCUUUGCGCUAUUCGAUCAAGGCUCUAAUUCUUGCGGCGGAAGAUCAUCGCUAUCAGUGGAUCGUUCUAUCAUCCGUGGCGCUCUAUUUCGUCGAGUCACCGGGCAACACGGGACCUGGAGACUGGGAGAAGUUUCUGCUGCAGUUGAUGGCCAACGGCAGAUUACCCACCUCGAACCUCCCGACCAUGAUAGGCACAUUGCCGGUUGUACUAUCACGUAUCGAGGCUCAGUUCAUGGCCAUCUCGCAAGCUUUUGAUAUCAAGACAAGCAACCCCGAAGACCAGGCCAAUCAGGUAUUUACUGGAUCGGAAGAUCCUUGGAACUUUGCGAAUGACGUUUCUCGAAUGGAAGAUGUAUUCCUUUCCGGCAGGGCUGCACUUCGCACACAAUCCGUCCGCUUGGACUCUGGAUAUCAGAAGUUCCUAGGUCUUCUCUCUCGCCCGGAUGCCUCUGUAUGCCGGCUGGAGAGCGCUUGGGUGCAUCCACAAGCCGCCCAUUGGCUAGAAAAGAACAUAACUUAUAGGUCUUGGAUGGACAGCAAAGAAUCGACCAUGCUUGAAGUUACUGGUCCACCUGGAUCUGGAAAGACUCGCAUGUCGACCGAUGUCUUACAGUCUCUAGUCGCUCAGAAUCAUAACACAAAGACCAUAAUCCUGAGCUUCGGAUUCUACAGCUGGGAUGUUCGACGAAAUUCAGAGAGGAGUCUGAUCUCCUCUUUACUUCGCCAACUACUGACUCUGCGAUCCGGAUUCUUCAACCGUGGCAAGCAUACUAUCGAUGCUAUAUCUGGCAUGUCUGCUGUCUCAUGCAAACAACUGUGGGAUUUAUUUCGCUCCCUCCUGGCAAUUCCGCAGCACUCCCCGGUAUUUAUCAUCGUCAAUGCGGUGGACCAGUGCCAGCAGCUUGUUACAGCGAAACUGGCGGACCUUGUUCGCACAAAACGGAUCAAAGUGCCACUGAAGUUAUUUACGACAAGUUCGACACCGCUGGGUUGUCCUGAUGACAAUUUCUAUUAUAGACUCAUGACUGACUGUGACGAUUGUAAAGAAGCUAUUCGGAUAGUGGUCGACACUAGAGUUGAUAAGUUACUCAAGAAGCGUCAAGUGUGGAGAGAAUCGAGAGAUAUCAUCAUCUCGAAGCUAUGCACCGGUAACUUUACGUAUCUCGACACCAUGAUGAGUCUUGAUGCCCUCGAAACCAACAAAAUUCCCUCGACAAGGGAAGGACUAGAUCAACAACUCAUGUCUCCACUCCUCGGUGUCGACAGAGUUUUUAGCAUGAUGCUCCAUGGUCUGGAGAACAACUGGCCGGUCAAAAUUGCACUUAAUUGGAUCUACCAUUCCUUGCGGCCUAUGAACGUCUCCGAGCUCGCUGUGGCAAUGGUUCUUAGUGCGGACCUGAUACCCGGGAGUGAGACAGCGGACCUUACAUUCGACUUCCUAGUGGAUAAGGUCUCUUGGGACCUGAUGAGGGAUAUGGGUGACGAUUUCGGAUCUACCGUUAGAGUUGCGAACGACAGAGUCUUCCUGGUCCACAACCAACUUCGGCAAAGCAUAGUGGCACACGGAGACAUCCUCAUUCCUGACUUCCAUAAGGAAAUAACUCGACACUGCAUAAUGUAUCUCCGCAUAUGCUCCGCUUAUGGAUCCGAGUCACAGCUGCAUCAUGACCGGCUGAAACACACACAUGUGAGGAUAGCAGCAGCUCUUCUCGACUACGCGCAGCUAUACUGGCCAGAGCAUUAUUUGUCUGAAAACCCCGAUGUUGGCUUAGACAACGAAGUUCUGGAGCUUUUGCGGUCUGGAGGACAGGCACUGGAAUCCUUGUCAAACGCUUGUGUACGAGCAUAUGGUUGGAAGACUGGUCUGUUGAACGGGCCACUCUUGUUAGCGACACAGUUUCAAAUGGGCCGGGUCGUGCGCAAUAUCCUCCAGAAGAAUGCACAAGAGGAUACAUCCCAGGCCAACGAUGCCUUAUCAAUCGCUGCUAGCACUGGGAAUGUCGAAAUCCUCAAACAGCUCCGGAACACUGCCACCCAAGCAUCAUUACUCCCUUCCAUACGCAGUGCCGCAGAGUAUGGACGCACCAACGCUAUCCAGGCCCUAACAGAGAUGCUCACAGAGUCGGAACAAGAUGACUUGAAGUCAGACUCAAAGGCUGAUGACUCGGUUCUUCUUGCGGCUGCAAAUUGCCAGACCGAGGCCAUAGAGGUAUUGCUGGCUCUUGGACAUGGAGUCGAGGCUCUAGAUCAUCAAGGGGACACAGCACUCCAUCUUUCAGCUCACUUUGGCGACUUGCCUACACUAGUUUCAGUCCAUAAGCACCGAGAGGCAUACUUUAUAUCAGCAGUGGAAACCACUAAUCACGACGAAUGGACUCCACUUCACAUUGCCUGCAUGCAGGGCUCUGUGGACACUUUCGACUUCCUUCUCAGAGCCUGGCCAACAGAUGCAGCAGGAAAGCAUGAUCUCGAGAUGGGGACUGGAACAAGAACUCUGCUGCAGUUGGCUGCCGAACAUGGUCAUGUGGAAAUUGUCAGGACGCUGGCUCAGGCCGACGCCAAGCUUUCGGGAAUGGACAUAUCCCCCAUCGAGUUGGCUGCUUUGAACGGACAUCUAGACGCCGUUUGCUACAUUUCCUCUCAGCUGGAGUUGCAAGUCAAGAAUGAUGUCUUGACCAGUGAGCAGAGGGAAGCCGAGUUGAGGUCGGCUUUGAGGAAUGCCAUCGAGAACGGCCACUCCAAGGUCGUAGAAUACCUUAUGACCCAGAAAGCUUCAGACUCCGAAUCUGAGGUGUAUCUGGACUGGGCCGUGGACUACGGACAACUCAACAUCUUAAAGAUGCUUGUCGACGCCGGGAUACCAAUCGAAACUGACGAUGGGUCCUAUAACUCGCUCUUGGAUCGGGCCAUUCGCGAUGACAAAGCUGAUAUGGUGAGGUAUUUAGUGAACCAAGGGUUGACUUCUCAAUGGGACGGUACGGAGAGCUCUAUUCAUUAUGCGGCUCGCCGUGGCCACGAAACAUGCCUACGAGAGGUUCUGCGUGAUGCCACCGAAGAACAGGUUCUCCGGAAGAAUGAUGAGGCCAAUACUGCCCUCGAAGUCGCUACCGAAAGUUGUGAAUUGUACACUUUCAAGGAACUCAUUGCCUGGAAAGAUGGCCGAAUACUGGGGGACUCGGAAGGACGUCCGGCAAGGACAAUCAUCUCAGUCAUAGAAAGUGACGGUAGGGCUGAAGACAAGGCCAAUUUUAUCCGAUUUCUCUUGGACAAUGGUUGGCGCACUGGGCCUGAAGAUGAUAGCAAGCUCGUUCCGUUAUGCAUUGCCGCUAAGCAAGGCGACAAGGGAAUAGUUCAGCUACUGCUCGAGCGUGGGGCUUGUCCCAACGACAAGGACGAGUCAGACAGUACAGCGCUGCAUCUUGCCGCGGAGAAAGGCGCAGUGGAAAUCAUCAGCCUUCUCAGGAGUUUCGGAGCUGACCCCAAUCAAGCUAGAAGAGGGAAAGAGACGGCGGUCCAUAUCGCCUCCAAGAGCUGUGAGGAUGACACCUUGGGCGCGAUUCUAGGUUUGAACGAAGAUUCAGAGAGACCGCAGAGACCGCCAAUCAAGGCUGAUCUCGAUCUAACAGCCGCUGGAGGAUGGACAGCGCUUCACUACGCCAGCGCAACUUCGAGUGUGACCAGGAUGCUCUUGGAAGUUUCCCCGCGCCCGCAGGUGAAUGUCCGGCUGGAGAACUCUCUAGUCACCCCGCUCAUGCUAGCCGUACAGCAGCGGUGCAGCGAUGUUGCUUAUCUCCUGUUGGAGGCAGGGGCAGACCCCAAUCUGUAUGGAGGCACGUUUCACUCCCCACUACAAGCAGCAGCCGUGCAGGGCGAUUUAGACCUGACUACCAGACUUCUUGUUGCUGGUGGUGAUCCCAAUACCAAGGGAGGUCCAUUUGGCUCGCCUCUCUAUGCUGCCGUGUGGUACGGACACACAGGGCUAGUUCAGCUGCUUUUGGCAGAGAAAGAUGACAUCCAAGUCGGCCAAAUACCGUUCAGGACGCCACUCGACGGCUCCAUGAACACUGUGUUGCACGCAGCUGCACAGUUCGGCUCACCCACAAUGAUAGAGCUAUUGCUCAAGGCUGGCGAGAAUAUUGAACUGCCGGACGGCUGUGGGAGAAGCGCUCUAUAUUGCGCAGCAAUGGGCUCUCCCAAAGCUUACGGAAUUGAACCCAUUGACAACUUUAACGCCAUCCUUGGGCAGCUGCCAAUAGAUAAAAGACAGCCCCGUCUUGCGGAAGCAAUACCAGCAGCGCUCAAGGCCAGGGCUGAGGAAAUCUUCAAGGCAAUCUUCGAGAACAAAGGUGUUGAUGUCAACGUUCCUGACAGAAGUGGUUGGACAGCCCUGGAUCUAGCCAAGUGCUACAGCUUGGCGAAUGAGAUGGAAACACUGGAAAAGCAUGGAGCCACGACAGGCCCUCAUAAACGGAACCCCACUAGGCUAUCUCCCUUUGACAAAGGACCAAAUGUGAACCUGUCCGAGGAUGGCCUGGAGGCAUGGAUCCAAGUUCUUGAAGUCUUUCGGUUUAUCUCCUAUGCUCAGGCAUCAGUCCGCGCUGAUCAUUGCAUACCGAUGGAUGGAGGUCUAUUCUACUUCGAGGUCGAGGUUCUUGAAUGUCCAGCCAACUGUGCUAUCGCAGUUGGGCUACUACAAGAGAGUCACAAUCUGGAUGAAAUGGCAGGGUGGCAAUCCGGCGGCAUAGGUUAUCACAGCGAUGAUGGCAAUUUCUACGAAGACGACGACCGCCAGGGAAGCGGCCCGGAAUACGAUAUUGGCGAUACUGUCGGCGUAGCCUAUGACCCCGGUCAGAAAAUGGUUCGAUUUGCCCUCAAUGGAAAUGCAGUUGGUAAGUCAUUACCCGCCUCGAAGCGUGUCGCCUAG